UAAUUGAUUUUGGAAAGUUUGUCGUACAACUGAAAAAAUUUUAAAACAAAACUAGAAUUUUGGGCGGUAACGUCCAAUGACUUUUUUAACACCCAUCUUAAAACAGCGUUAGACUGUCCUGGAAUAUCUAUCCAAAUAUCUGAAUAAAUAUUUUUAAAGUGUGGCAUAAAUCUGGUAAGGACAGAAUGAAAAUGGAAAACUUAACUUAAAAAGUAAACUGACAGAUUGUGCCAUGUGAACAAAGUUCUAAAAGUGUAAUUGGAAGCUCUAGACCAUCAAAAAAAUGUAAGAAAUUAGGCUCUUGCCUUCUUCUGCAUUUGAAAAGCAAAGAUUUUUCAGAUUCCCUUCAUCAUAACCCGGGCAAUGUUUAUGUGUUUGGAAGAUGGAAAAGGGAAGCAAGCCGGAUCUGACUAGAACAGCGGAGUACUGAAUAGGUAAUGUGGGUCUCUCUAUGGGAGACCUAGAAAGUCAAGCAGAAGAACUUGAACUCCAUGUAAUUGGACAUCCUUUCCACUCCCAUCCCGACAGACCUGAGGAAAUCACGAGAGUAUGGGCCAGUGUGAUGAUGAACAAGGACUAUCAAAAAGUUUGGUCAUCAUCUUCAGAUCCUGUGCAUUUUGAAAUGGAUGUUUCUCAUGAAAAAUUAGAAAGCAUGUCAGAAGCGGAGGCCAUGAAUUUCAUCAGUCUUUCUCAAGACUUAACCCACUCAAACUCUCCCUUCUAUAUGGAAACCAGCAGUACCACUUCAGACUUGCCUCAGAAUGAAACAAAGAAUGCUGAAAGGGAAAAUGAGUCUAAAUUCACACUUUGCGAAGAAAUUUAUGGCACAGUAGACGAUUGGUUAGGUGAUGUCGGGAUUGGAAAUGACUCACAGAACUUACUAACUCAGCCAGUUGACACCAGCAUUUCCUCCUUCAGGCAGUUGGAACCCAUUUGCAAAUUUCAUCUCAAAGAAGCAUUUAAUGAUGAAAUGAUACCAUUUCAAAAUCUGACAGAAAGCUUACCUUACACAGAGAAACCAGAAAUGCAAAGUCGUGUGUAUAAUUGUGCAAAAGACACCUAUAUGAAGGAAGAUUCAAUUAAGGAAGAAAAUCCAGUGGAAACUGGCACCUCCACAAAUGAAGACCAACUUGCUCACGAGUGGGUCAAACAACCUUCUAGAAGCCCACCUCUAGUCCACAGUAGUGGAGAGACACCGAAAUUCAUGGAAACGUCACUGCCUAAAAGUACUUCCAUGGAGUCUGCACUCAAACCUAAUCAACCUCAAAACUUCUUAUAUAAGGAAAAUGGACACAGAGAUGUUGAAAAACCAUUUUAUCAAGGGAAUAGCUUUAACCUCCUUGAUCUGAGAGCUAAUUAUACAAAAGAGGAGAUCGCAGUGUCUUCGAAAGGAAUACAGAGCGUUGGGGAUAUUCCUGAGACGCCAGUCUGUCACCAUAAGGAGGUCGCCGUGGAGGGUGUGGACAGUCCAGGGAUGGCCUCACCUUGGUCUCCUGCAGGCAUUUCUUGGUGUGGUGGAGCAUCUCUGGAGGACAGUAAGAUGCACGACCUGAAGCAGAGCUUGGAAAGCUCACAACCUCCAGAAGAGGACAUGGCUUUAAUUGAAGUCUUAUGGAAAUUACAGCACACUAACAAACAGCAGCAAACUCGGAUCCAAGACCUGCAGAGGAGCAACAAGUAUUUAGAGAGGAAGUUUGAAGAACUACAGAAGCAGACUACUGAACAGCAAGUGUUUGUGGACAUCAUAAAUAAGCUGAAGACCAAGAUGGAAGAAUUAAUUGAAGACAAAUACAGAGUGAUGCUAGAGAAGAGUGACACUGACAAGACACUGCAGAAUUUUCACGAGGUCUUAACUCACACCCAAAAGCAUCUUCAGGAAGCUAGGAAUGAAAAGGAAACCUUAGAGCUGGAGCUUAAGAAGAUCAAGGGCAAUUACGUUCACCUCCAGGAAAGGUACAUGACUGAAAUGCAACAGAAGGAUGAAACUGUCAGUCAGUGCCUAGAAAUGGACAGAACCCUGAGCGAGAAAGAAGAAGAGGUGGAGAGGCUGCAGCAACUCAAGGGGAAGCUGGAAAAGGCCACCACCUCUGCGCUGGCCUUGCUGAAAAGGGAGAAAAAGACCCGAGAACAAGAGUUCCUGACUUUAUAUCAGGAAUUUCAGAAGCAUGAGAAGGAAAACCUGGAAGAAAGACAGAAACUGAAAUCGACACUCAAAACGCUGCUUGCUCAAAUUACUCAUUUGCAGUUCAUAUCCGAAAACAAGAAGGCAAAGAACACCCAACUCCAGCAGCAGGUCAACAAAGUAAAACAGGAAAACGCAAGGCUUCGGCAGCAGGUGGCGAGGAGCCAGGAGCAAGAUGAUGGCCCUUGGUUUGAGAUGCCUUUGUUAACCGAGCACUCCGGGGAAGUGGUGGAAGCAGAUAUCACAAAGGAUGCAAAGAUUGUGCAUUCUCAUUUGUUCCUGAAUUGCUCACCUGGUGAAGAGGAGAGCCUGAGUCCCCCAGAUGUGAAAAGAACUUCUCAUGUGGUCUCCAAAAUUUACGGUGUUCUGGCUCUGAUGGUAGGACUUCUCACAUCCCAGGAUAUCACCACUCCCGAUAUUGAACAUUUCAAAGACAGCAAGAAAGUUAAUGAUACAAUGCUACAAAAAUUGAAGCACUUCCAUCUUAAAAAGAAAAAUUUAGAUAAAGAGCUACUGGAACAUAAAGAUAAAAUUACAGCUUUUAGAGAAUUACUUGCAAAAGAAAAAGCAUUUCACGAUCAGGUUACUGAGGUUACAGGUUUUGAUUCAUAUGAAGCCAAGAAUGUUAGAGAUGUGCCUAUCUUAUUGGGAACCAAACUGAAUAAGUACCACAAUCUGAAUGAAGAGCUUGAUUUCUUGAACACGGGGGCCAUAGCGGGGACCCAACCUAGGAAAUCUUCUACUGGCGGACUUCAUGACCGAGCAGUGACACCUGGACGGAGGGUCCCUCAUCCAGCCCCAGCAGCCAGCCGGCUUCUCCACCUCUCCAUCCACCCCUCAGUGCUAUGUCCACACAGUGUGGAAAGCAGCUUUCCAAGAAGACUUCCUCCUCCACUCUGGCUAAGUGUUACAUCAUAUGAAGAAAUCAUAGAAUGUGCUGACCAAAGGCUCGCGAUAUCCCACUCCCAGAUUGCACAUUUAGAAGAGAGAAAUAAACAUUUGGAAGAUUUAAUUAGGAGGCCCAGAGAGAGAGUGAGAAAACCAAGGCCCAGAUUAGAAAAUCAUCCAAAGUCCUUGACCACGGUAGGUCAUAUUGAUGAUCGUUACAAAGAAUGUUAUAUCUUCAUGUAUUUCAACAGUAGCACAAGAUUAAAUUUCAGGAAUGUUCAGCUUAGCUUUCCUUUCUGUCCUCAGAUGAGGCUUCCUCGGCCUCUGAUCAUCAUACAUCCUGUAACUGGGAAGCCCUCCCUCUGAAAUUUUCCUUUUAUCGGUAUCUUCACUUCAUCUCUACAGCCACUGCUUCAUGUCAGGUCUUCGUCAUUUCUUACCUGGCCUGUGCUGGUCUUCUACUUGGUGUUUCUGCCUCUAGCUUGGUGCCCCUUGCUUCCAUUCUCCACCGAGUACACCAUGAUCUUUCAGAAGCAAAUAGGAUGAUGCCCCUUCUCUACAUAAAACCCUUCAGUGGUUCCCCGCUGCGUUCUGGAUCAGAUGGAGCUCCCUAACACAACAUGUAAGCUCCUCUGUGACCUGGCUCUCACCUUCCUACCCAGUCUUCUCAUUCACUGCUU